AUGGCUUCCAGCUCUGAUGAUGUCCAUCGAAUUAUGGACGAAACCUCCGCCCGUCUUUACCCGAAGCGAGGGAGAAUGUCUCGUGGACGGCGUCAACCGGAACAUCUUAUUGAAGCCGAACAAUUGCCGUACAACGGAACCCAGCCAUUGUCUUCUGGUGAGAUCAAUCUAAGAAUCUCUUCUUCAUGCACUUUCAUACGAAAUCCUAUCUACUUUGAGUGUCACUCUCUGAUCGGUUGA